UUAGUGAGAUCAGGCACUGAUGUUGGGAUGUCGAGGAGGUCUGGGGUUCAGUCGGUGUUCCAGUUCAUCCCAAAGGUGUUCAGUGGGGUUGAGGUCAGGGCUCUGUGCAGGACACUCGAGUUCUUCCACUCCUACCUUCACACACCAUGUCUUCAUGGAGCUCGCUUUGUGCACAGGGGCAUUGUCAUGCUGGAACAGGUUUGAGUCUCUUAGUUCCAGUGAAGGGAAAUUGUAAUCCUACAGCAUUCAGAGACGUUCUCUACAAUUGUGUGGUUUAAACUUUGUGGCAACAGUUUGGGGAAGAAGCACAUAUGGGUGUGAUGGUCAGGGGUGCACAUACUUUUGGCCGUAUAGUAUAUGUAUAUUGUAAUGUGUAAAAAUAUGCUAUAUUUCUGCAUUCUAUAACCCAGGUGUUGUGCAAUGCAGUCCCAUAAACAGGAUCACUGACCUCUGUUCUUUGAUCUGACUAAUAAUAAAUAUGUGAUCAUUGGACAAACUUAAGUGCGCAUGUCUUUCCCUUUCAGUGGUGCAUGCUGGGUAAUAAUUUACCUCAGUGUACUUAGAACAACCGUGCAGGACUUUAUCUUUUAAAGACAGUUUAAUUAUUCCAGCCUCCUGUGAUUCCUGGACUCUGUUCUUCAUUACUUUAAACACAUGUUUUUUAGGAGAACUGGGUUGCUCCUCUGAUGGCUCACAUAAGCCUGAGGCAGUUGCUUGGAUUGUUUAUCCUAACUGUUCAAAGUCGAAGUGUUACAAAUGCUGAAGAUGCCACCAAACCCAACUUCAUACUCAUGAUGGUUGACGAUCUGGGGAUCGGGGACAUUGGUUGCUAUGGGAACGAUACGAUCAGGUCUCGGAAGUACUGGAAGAGUGCAGGUGAUCCUGUUCCUCGGUGCUUCAGGAGGACUUCCUCCCAACGAAACCACAUUUGCCAAACUCCUACAAAAGCAGGGUUACACCACAGGAAUUGUGGGAAAGUGGCACUUGGGCGUGAGCUGUAAAAGCAGGAACGAUCACUGCCACCAUCCCAACAGCCACGGUUUCGACUACUUUUAUGGUCUUCCCUUCACCCUGUUUAACGGCUGCAAACCUGGAAACAGCGCCGAUGUGCUAGGUGACCUUCAGGAGCUGCUGUGGCACAUUUUCACGCUGUUAGCGCUGGCAGUGUUAACACUAAUCACGGCUAAAAUCACUGGAAUUCUGGAAAUCAGCUCCAGGAUGCUCGUGUUCCUAGUUGUUGUUUACAUUCUUGGCUUUUUGACCUGGUAUAUUCCAUUUGCGUUCUUACAAACCUGGAAUUGCAUCCUCAUGAGGAACCAGGAUGUAGUGGAACAACCAGUGAACCUGGACACACUAACUGAAAAGCUAAUGAAAGAGGCGGAGCAGUUUGUUGAGAGGAACCAGAACAGACCCUUUUUGCUGUUUCUGUCUCUGCCUCACGUCCACACGCCGCUGUUCAUCUCCAAACAGUUUGCAGGAAAAAGCAAACAUGGCCUUUACGGCGACAACGUGGAGGAAGUGGACUGGAUGAUUGGCAGAAUGGUGAAGAUUGUCGAGAAGCUGAAACUUUCUGAAAGGACUCUGAUGUACUUCACGUCUGAUCACGGAGGAGACAUCUGGAUUUCAGACUCACAUGGCCGUAUUGGAGGCUGGAAUGGAAUUUAUCGAGGUGGUAAAAACAUGGCUGGCUGGGAAGGUGGCAUUCGUGUUCCAGGAAUAUUCCGCUGGACAAAUCGUCUUCCAGCCGGAAAAAUUGUUAAUGAGCCAACAAGUUUAAUGGACAUUUUUCCUACCGUAGUGAAUCUAGCUGGAGGACAGCUGCCUAAUGACAGAAUUCUGGAUGGUCAUGACCUGCUGCCGCUGAUGGAGGGAAAACUAAAGCGUUCGAAACAUGAGUUCAUGUUUCACUACUGUGGUGUUCAUUUGAGCGCCGUCCGCUGGCAUCCUCCUGACAGCGACUCAGUUUUCAAAGUGCACUUCUUCACUGCGAAUUGCAACGGCACACAAACAUGCUUGUGCCACGGCGACAUCAUCACACACCACGACCCGCCACUUGUCUUCGAUGUGACCUCUGACCCCUCGGAGGCAGUGCCCUUGACGGCGGAAACCACACCACGUCACGGCGAGGUGCUGCAGCGGGUUCGAGAUGCCGUGCAGGAACACCAGCGGACACUGACGCUCCCUGAGAACCAGCUGUCAUGGCCGAAUGCGCUGUGGAAACCAUGGUUACAGCCAUGCUGCGGCGUUUUCCCCUUCUGCUCCUGCUCGGACACUUGAAGGACGUCAUGACAGCAUGCACAUGUUUGGACGGAGAAAACUUUCUUAGUUCCGUUUGAGACAAACUGACGCGUGUAAACUUUAAUAAACGCUGCACAAGACUAAUUUUUUACGUGCUCAGCCCAGUUCCUGUAAUAAACACAUCAACGUUAUCCAUGAGAGUGAGUGUGUGUUGAAAGUAUGUGUGAUCCAUUGUGUGUGUGUGUGUGUGUGUGUCCCAAAUAUCACCCUCUCCCUCUUUUCUGCAGUUUUUUUUUUUUUUUACAAAAUUUUCUCUCAAUUCAUUCAUUUUUAUUUCCUAUUCCAGAGAUGGUGUUGAUCAGUUUUCUGUGUAAUGCGUUCGUUCUAACACGUUAUCGUUUCUAUAGUAACGGCUCAUUCACAGAACAGUGUCAGCGCUUCUGAGACCGAGCCUGAAGAAGAACCUCAGAUUCUGUGCUGAUGUUUUUAGUUGAAGAAGUGAAAAGAGUGAGAGCUAAAAUGAUCCUGAAAAAGGAUUUAAAGGAUCUUGUUGUUUCAUGUUAGAAGAAAAGGCUAUCGUGCCACAGAAACAGGCCGACGAACAAAAAGAGAAAAUAAACACUGGAUGUGAUACUCA